AUGGUGAUCUCAGUGCACACUCUCCAACAGUCAUGCCAUCUUCCGGUGGAGUUUGAACACCGUGCUUAUUGGGCCAUCAAGAAGUUCAAUUUUGAUAUGAGGUUGGCGGGUGAUCAUAGACGUCUUCAAUUGAACAAACUUGACGAGUUAAGGACUGAAGCAUAUGAGAAUUCUCAAAUUUACAAGGAAAAGACGAAGGCGUUUCAUGAUAAGCUAAUUGCCAAGAAGACCUUUGAAGUUGGCCAGAAAGUCCUCCUCUUUGAUUCUCGACUUAAGUUGUUCCCGGGUAAACUUCGCUCUCGUUGGUGUGGACCAUUUGUUGUUACUAAUGUUUUCUCUCAUGGUGCAGUUGAAAUUCAGAAUCCAAAAACAGGGAGUACUUUUAAGGUAAAUUGGCAUCGGCUUAAGCCAUACCUUGAGUUGGUCAUAGAGUGGUUGGUGGAGAAUGUACCUCUCCGUGACCCUGAUGUUAGUGCAUGA